ACCCUGCUGAAUCGAUGCCGAGCGUGACGUCACGACCGCUGUUUCGAAUGUCGCGAGCUAGCGCUGGGUAAGAGGCCGCGCGCUCCGCUGUGGGGGGGACACACACACAACGUGGACUCGUCUGAAGCCCCAAGGUCGUCGGCAGCCCCCCGGUACCCCGAAUAUCAGGAAUAUCCUCUCCCAUCCCCCUUACCCCCUCUGUCAGAGCAUGGCUCAGGAGACCAAUCAGACGCAGGUGCCAAUGCUUUGCGCUAUGGGAUGCGGUUUCUAUGGUAACCCCCGCACCAACGGCAUGUGCUCGGUCUGCUACAAGGAACACCUCCAGAGACAACAGGGAGGGGGGCGAUCCAGCCCUCCUGGAGAGAAAGCUGCUACAUCGCCAGCAGGUUCGCCAGGGUCGGCUGGUGUGACUGUGGAGAGUACGACCUCAGAGCCCAGUACAGAGGUGGCAGGAACCCCACCUGAGGAGCAAACGGCCAGUCCCAGCUCUCCCAGCCCAGUAACUCAACAGAUGACAGCUAUGAGCAUCUCCCAGGAUUCGGGGCCUGUAGACUCUGAUCGAGCGGAGGCUGAGGAGGGAGAGGAAGAGGGUACUUCCAACAGCUCAGAACCAGUGGAGGAAGCAGCACAGGCUUUGUCUGAUAGUGACCAAACUCCAGAUAAAAACAAGAAAAAGAACCGCUGCUUCUCUUGCCGGAAGAAAGUGGGCCUUACUGGUUUCGACUGUCGCUGCGGGAACCUGUUCUGUGCCAUUCACCGUUACUCUGACAAACACGACUGUCCCUACGACUACCGGAGUGCAGCUGCCGCCCGCAUACGCAAGGAGAACCCCAUCGUGGUGGCGGAGAAAAUUCAGAAGUUAUGAGGACUGAGUGCAAACUAAAAAAACAAAAAAAAGUCUCUGACUUUGUGAAUCUGAACAAUGGCGACUUGGAUGAAAACACCUGAUAUCAUGGCUUCAUUUUGUUCAUGGUAGACUAAGCCGGGCGGGGUGGGGGUGGUGAGGUUUGCAGCCACUGUCCAGACGCUUCCCUUACUAGCAUCUCCCUCUCUCUCCACUAUUGACUGCGGCUGAACCUGAGCGUUUUGUGUGUGUGUGCGUGCGUGCGUGUGUGUUUGUAUGAAAGUCAUUGUGUGCACAUUUACUUGAGAGUCAGGGAGAGCGCCUUAGGGGCCUGGUGGACAUUAGUGUUGCUGUGGGGAGGGAAGGCAUUUUGAUUUUAAUCCCCUUUUUGGUUCUCAACUCGGGGGGGAUCGUGUGGUUUUAUUUUUAUACAAUCCCUGUAAGGCAGUUGAAAGGAGACGGGGGUAAGCUGAGGAAUGUGUCACAGCCUGAUUUAUGACACAGGUCAAUUAAGAAGGUCUAAUGAGUUUUUAAAAAAGCAAGACCUUUUAAGGGCUUUGGAAUAUAUAUAUAUUUCUCAACCCCCCCCAGACUGAAAAUGAUGUCAACUAUUGUCAAAUUGGCAUACUUUUUUUCCCCCUCUUACUUUUCCUCUAUGGGUCACCAUACGUUGAACUCCCAAGUCUUAGCAUUUUCCAGAAACCGUUUCUCUUUGAUAUAUUGACUUAUCAUACUGAUAUUGGGUGCAUGAACAGUUUUUGGAGGGGGAGGGCAAGGAUAGGGGGGAAACUGAGAAGCUUGACUUAACUGAGUGAUUGAAUUCUGUUUCUUUUCUUUUUAUUUUUCCUGUUUUAAUGAGCGUAUGACAUCAGAAGAUCUAUAUUAAUAUAUUGUAGUUAGCUUGAAUUGUGUGAUUGCAUUCUAUUUAUUUUUUAUCGUUUUGGUUGGUCUGUGCUGGAGGAUUGGCCGCAUGUGUCAGCAAAUCAAUAAGAUUUGCAUUUAACCUUUUUCAAUUAUAUUUAAGUAAUUCCAUCUUGAUUAUAUAACCAUUUGAAUAAAAAAUACACAAGCUUCGACAUAAUGGAGUAGAGUCCAGUUAAGCCGUCACAGUCGCAAUUGUGCAUUCAAAUGUUUUGGGAAUUUGAAACAAAAGCACAACAAAUUGUGUCAACUGCAGAGCACAAAACAAAGUGCCACACCUACUCAGUUUUGUUCAGCAUCCAGGUCAUUUGCAGUUUAUAUUUGAUCUGAAUAGCAGGCUCGCUGAAGAAAUAGCCUGAUCGAUGAGACGUUCUGUUUUAGCGAGGGCGGUUUGUUCUCCUUGAAUGCCCUUUUCUGUUCUACCAGUGAAGCUCCUUGUUUUUCUCUAAACCACCAGCAGACCACUGACAUGCUGAAUGAAAACUGACCUGGGUCGCGGUGACUCUACGCACUUGACACACCUCCCGCUCAGCUAAAUUUAAGAUUGUCGCAAUGCUACGGGAGUUGCGUGCUGUGCUUUUUACAAUGUGCUCAGAUUCAGACCGGUCCUCGCUACGAAGGCCGACCUCUAGCUAGCUUCUUCUAGGACGAUCGAACGUUCCUGCAUGUGUGCAGUCAAACCUGCGAGUUGCUGUUUUGUGACCCAACUGCACAGUUUGAAAUGAAGCUGGAAUGUUAAAAAUACAACAUAAAAAAAGCCACACCGCAGUAGCACAAUGCAUGGCUGGAACCUUAAGGUCAAGUUAGCAGGGCUCUACAGUUUUGUUUUUCUCCAAAUGUAAAUACCAUAUGGCUCCUAUUCAUAUAGUAUAAUCUUAAUGUAGAUUUCUGCCAGGUAAUAAAGGUGGGGGACUAAGGUGAAGAAUAGUACUAUGUGUAUAAAAGUGCUUUUCAUAAUUAUCCAAAAAGAAAAAAAAAAUGAAUGUGUCACAAAUGGCACUAAUCUUCUCCCCCUCCCCUCAUCUUGUUCCCCAUUUUAUUUACACGUUAUUAAUCACAUCAUCUGCCCAUGUGACGUCCAAAGUAUUUGCAGUAUCUGGCUCUUCCGUGAGGCUUCUAUUCUACAAUACUAAUGAGAUUGUUAUCAAGCCCUGUAAGCUUUAUUAACCUAGCUGAAUCACACAGUAUCCCAGCCGUUGCUUUUAUCCUGUUUACUCAAGUCUAUUCAUAGCAUAGCUGUAAUAAUAAGUUAAAAAAAGGCCCCUUGUGAGAGGCAGAGGGGCCUUAUGAGGUUUCAUCUUUUCGUUAUCAAAAAGCCUUCUGUGUAAAUGAUGCUCGACCUUUAUCGUUAAGUAUUUAUGAAAGAGCUGUAGAAAAGUUUCAAGGAAUCUGCAGAGUAUGUAUUAUCAAAAAUAUGCCCAUGCAGAAUGUGUUGGACGGGAAUGACUCUUCUCAUUGUAUGCACAGAAUAUCAUGUUGGACCUGGUUGAGUUUAGUUCUGGCUCCUUUUUAUUGGAUCAUAAUUCCGGUUUUAAGUCCUAGUGUGGGUGAUUGACGUAUAGAUGGCUUUGUGACUUGGCGUGCCAACACGGAGACUGUUUUCCCAGGAUAGGUUAGUCAUCUAAAGCCCCUGACUGAUUAAAUUACCACUGGUGGAAACUUGACAUUUUGAAAUGGGUUUUAAUAUUGUCAUAUUCAGGGGGAUUUGAUGGUUGAAACUCUAGUUUAAUGUUCCCUAAGGUGCAACUAUAUAUAUCCAGAAUAUUCCAUUUUGCCCGCUGGAUUGAUGACUUUAACAAAAUAUUGUCACCUACAAAUAGUUUUCCUUUACAGAUUGAAAGUCCUUUCAGAGUAAAAGUACUUUGCUUAGGAUGAUUGUUCAGCAGUGUAAACUGUGAGGAUAUCACAGUUUACAUUUGUUUUCUAUUGACUGCUCAUAUCGACCCCCCCCACCCCUUAUUUUCUUAAUAGACAUGGGCAGUUUGAAUGUAAACCACCAUAAAUCACAUAAUCAGCUGUAACGUCAUUUAUCAAACUACUCGGCCCUGAUAUUUUCUAUGUUUUUGGGUAGAGGCCCAAUUUUCUUACAUGGGAUUUCGGAGAGUUGGAUCACUGACUAUUUGGGAUGACGGACUUGGCACCAGCAUUUAGGGCAACCAUACCUGAAUAAUCUAGAUAUUAUCAAUACAUAUAUACAUCGCUCUUCCCUGUGUUCUGUUGCUUCGAUAGAGUUUUGAUGUCUUCGAUCCCUUCUUCAGCACAACCUUUCAUUAUCAACGUCUUCAUCGUAUGAGGGUUUUGAUUGAUAAUAAUGAGAAACCUGUCAGAUGUGACGAGUCUGGUCGGAAUUUUGUUUUACUGCAGAAGAAGAAAAAAAAAAGACAAAAUGACGAUGACUUGAUUCAAUCUGUCUUUUUCAAGAUGAGCUUGAGGGACAUCAAAUGAAAUCCUUGGCACUCCAGUCCCCCAGAAACACCACCAGAUAUCUUUUUAUUUUGUUUUCUUUGAAGAUUUAGGAUUGUAUGAUGUGUAAGAGUAAGUAUAAAACAAUAA